UAUAUUAUCUAGGCACACAAACCCACACUAAACAGAUUCAAGAAUCUUUUAUCUUUCAUUGGUUUCACUUGUUGAAACCCCCCAAAUAUUUUAAAAAUGAUCAAAAUAAUGAACUCAAUUCAUUUAUAUUUAUCAAUAUAUUUCUUAUUUACCAUUUUAUUGGCACAAUCUGCACCUGAAAAUGCCAUAAUUACUCAAAUUCCUGGGUUUGAUGGCACUAUACCUUCCAAACACUAUGCUGGGUAUGUGACAAUAGAUGAAAACCAUGGGAAGAAAUUGUAUUAUUAUUAUGUGUUAUCAGAAAGAAAUCCUUCUGAGGAUCCAGUAGUUCUUUGGCUCAAUGGUGGCCCUGGUUGCUCUAGUUUUGAUGGCUUUGUUUAUGAACAUGGUCCAUUUAAUUUUGAAAAAACUGGAAGCUUGCCAAAGCUUCAUCUUAAUCCAUAUACAUGGUCCAAGGUUUCAAAUGUGAUAUAUCUGGACUCUCCUGCUGGAGUUGGAAUGUCUUACUCCGGGAAUAGAUCUGACUACACCACUAUGGAUACAAAAACGGCUUUAGACUCACACAAAUUUCUCCUUGAGUGGUUCAAGCUAUAUCCCGAGUACCUUUCAAAUCCAUUUUUCAUUGCUGGCGAGUCAUAUGCUGGAGUUUACGUGCCUACAUUGUCUUAUGAAGUGGUUAAAGGACUUGAUGCUGGGAAUAAACCCACUCUCAACUUUAAGGGAUACAUGGUCGGAAAUGGAGUUACAGAUGACGUAUUCGAUGGGAAUGCUCUCGUUCCAUUUGCACAUGGGAUGGGCCUCAUUUCUGAUGACCUGUAUGAGGAAGUUACCAAGGAAUGUCAAGGGAACUACUACAAUCCUUCAAACGAUGACUGUGAAAUCAAGCUUCAGCAAGUUGACCAAGAUGUUGAUGGUAUAAACAUAUAUGACAUUUUAGAACCGUGCUAUCAUGGUGAUAGUUCUAGUAAGAUUAGACUUGGGAAGUCAAACUUGCCAGCGAGCUUCAGGAAAUUGGGCGAGACUGAAAGGCCCCUUCCGGUUCGAACCAGAAUGUUUGGCCGUGCUUGGCCUUUUAGAGCCCCGGUGAAGGCUGGUUACGUUCCUUCUUGGCCUGAGAUUCUCAACAGUGCAGAGAAUGUCCCAUGUACUGACGAUGAAGUAGCAACUGAAUGGCUAAACAAUGAAGCAGUCAGGAAGGCAAUUCAUGCCGAACCGAUUAGUGUGGCCGGCAAUUGGGAUCUAUGUACUGAGAAGCUAAGAUAUUAUCAUGAUGCCGGAAGUAUGAUCCCAUACCACAAAAACCUCACUGCUCGUGGUUAUCGUGCUCUUAUUUUCAGUGGGGAUCAUGAUAUGUGUGUUCCAUUCACUGGAAGUGAAGCGUGGACGCGGUCAUUAGGUUACAAAGUCGUUGAUGAGUGGAGGAAAUGGCAGGUCGAUGGUCAAGUUUCAGGGUUCAUACAAGGAUAUGACAACAACCUCACAUUUCUAACGGUUAAGGGUUCAGGGCAUACGGUACCUGAGUACAAACCAAAGGAAGCAUUGGCGUUCUACAGUCGUUGGUUGGAGGGGAAGAAAAUAUAGGAAAUUGCGUUGAUCGCUUUAAUACGUUGUUUGUAAUGUAUCACGUACUGUUAAUUUAAAGAAUAAUUUGUUGUUAGGGAAAAUAACAUUGCAAAUGUCAUAGAUAUGGUGAAAAUCCAAAAGUAUAUUGUCAAAGAAUUAUGAUCUCUUAUAAUUCACGUGUUUAAUAUUACAAGGAAAUGAUGUUAAAACUUAAAA